AUGCCUUCUCUCUAUAUCGUCGCCGACACUCCGGCGGGUUACGGUCUUUUCAAGGCCGCGGACAAGAAGCUGCUAAAGCGCGAUGACCUCCGACAAAAGCUUGCGAAUGUUGAGGCUGUGACGGAAGCUCUUCGAUUGAAGUCGUUCGAAAAGUUCAGCAGCCCAACAGUUGCCCUCGAGGAGGCCGCCGCGUUGGUCAAUGGCAAGGUUCCCCAGACCAUGGCCGAGCUCUUGGCCAACAUCAAGGACCCUGGCGAUGCCACUAUUGCCAUUCCCGACCCGCGCCUCUCGUCCGGAAUUCGUGCUCUUCCUGGCUUCGAGGCAGCGUCUCUCUACGCGAGCUCGUCUUCCGAUUCCAAGACUGAGGACAUCUUCCGAGCCAUUCGCGAGCACCUCGACUCCCUCAUUCCUGAGUCCGCCACCAGCUUUGAGAAGAUUGCCCUUGGUCUCAGUCACUCGGUCCACCGACACAAGUUGAAGUUCAGUGCCGACAAGGUCGACGUGAUGGUAAUUCAGGCGAUCAAGCUUAUCGAGGAUAUGGACCGAGAGCUCAACGUCUAUGCUAUGCGAACCCGCGAGUGGUACGGCUGGCAUUUCCCCGAAAUGGGCAAGCUCAUCAGUGACCACGUCGCUUAUGCCCGCGUCAUCAUUACCGCCGGUCGUCGUGACGGCUUCGUCGAGGCUGACCUUACGACUGUCCUUCCCGAGGAGAUUGCGGAGGCUGCCAAGGCCGCUGCGGAGAUUUCCAUGGGAACCGAUGUCAGCGAUGAAGAUUUGGAGAACGUCCAGCUUCUUGCCGCGCAGGUUAUUCAAUAUUCCGAAUACAGAGCCCAGAUCUCCAACUUCUUGGAAAACCGUAUGAGGGCUCUUGCUCCCAACCUCACCGCCCUCGUGGGCUGGCUUGUAGGUGCCAAGCUUAUUGCGCAUGCCGGUUCUCUCAGGAGCUUGUCCAUGUCGGCUGCCUCCACCAUCCAGAUCCUCGGUGCCGAGAAGGCCCUCUUCCGCGCCCUAAAGACGAAGCACAACACCCCCAAGUACGGUAUCCUCUACAACUCGUCCCUCGUUGGACAGGCCUCGCAGAAGAUGAAGGGUAAGAUUGCUCGUAUGCUGGCUGCCAAGACUGCUCUCGGUCUCCGCAUCGACGCGAUCGAGCCCAUCAUGAAGGACGAGGCAGAGGAGGACUCUGCUGCCGCCGCCCCUGCUACCGAACAGGAUGAGGAGGAGAAGGGCCUCUUUGGUAUCACGCAGAGGACAAGGUUAGAAAACCGUCUCCGCAUGCUGGACGGAAAGCCUCUCCUCCCCAAGGGUGUCGCCGUUGGUCCCGAUGGACAAAUCAAGGGACCCAAUGCCUUUGCCGUGAGCGAUGCCCGAGGCUAUAACACUGAUGCUGAUGGUGUUACAAACGGAACACCCAAGUCGUCCAAGAAGCCUUUGAUCGAAGAGGUGCUCGACCAGGCCAACAGCGACUCUGAUGAUGAGGAUGCGAUGGAUGUUGACGACGCCAAGGACAAGAAGAAGAAGAAGAAGAAGAGCAAGGAAGAAAAGAAGGCGAAGAAGAACAAGGACAAGUCUGCCGAAGAUGCGGAGCCCGAUUUCGAGAAGCUCGCAGCCAGCGUCGACCUGUCGGUCAAGAAGUUCAAGAAGAAGCUUGAGAAGGGCGAGAUUACGAUCAACGCCGACGGCACCGUCGACUUGGGCAAGAAGAAGAGCAAGAGCGACGACAAGUCUGGCGAGAAGCGGAAACGCGAUGAGGAGGUAGAGCCUGAUGAGGGCUCCAAGAAGAAGAAGCACAAGAAGAAGAAGGGCGAUGCGUAG